UGGACAUGAAACUGCAUGCCCUGCUGCUUAACUUUAGUCGAAACUUGUAGCCGACUACUUCACCUAAUAGGAAAGUCUGCCUGUACAAAUAGCAUGACCCGUUUGGUAAAUCCGUGGUUGGAUUCUUUCACAAGAUUGAGCAGCCACCAGCAGACGCCAUUUGGCGCCUUCCAGAAGCCAGCAAAAUCAUCUAAAGCUCCGAUGGCUCGGGUGGCUCCAACCCCCGUUGGCCUCCACAAGCUCCGGCCGUCGACCUUUCUGGGUCAUCAAUCUUUGAGCCUGAUUAAUCCCUCCAUACGGUCCCAGAUUAGAAGUCGCAGAUGUCGGAUUACUUGCUGCCAAACAAGCCCCAAGCCGACUGACGACUCCUCACCGGAAAAGCCACUGGAGGAGCCUGGUUCAGCCAAUGACGACACAAGCCAAGAUGCAGGUGUUUCCGCUAAUGCUAGUUUUCCUGAAUAUCCAACCAAAAAUGUAAACAGGCAGAUCGCUGUUGUUUCUGCCCUUGCAGCCUUGGGACUUUUCUUCUCAUCACGACUAGAUUUAGGUGUUUCUUUGAAGGAUCUCUCUGCUGCGGCAUUACCAUAUGAGGAGGCUCUGUCAAACGGGAAGCCCACUGUUGUGGAAUUCUAUGCAGAUUGGUGCGAAGUAUGUCGAGAAUUAGCCCCAGACUUAUACAAAGUCGAGCAGCAGUACAAGGACCGUGUGAACUUUGUGAUGCUGAAUGUUGACAACACCAAGUGGGAACAAGAGCUCGACGAAUUCGGCGUUGAAGGUAUCCCCCAUUUCGCAUUCUUGGACAAGUUUGGGAACGAGGAGGGAAACAUUGUGGGUAGAUUCCCGAGACAGUACUUUCUGGAGAACGUCAACGCGCUUGCACGGGGCGAAGCAUCGGUACCUCAUUCCCAAGUCGUGGGACAGUAUUCGAAGGCGGAGUCUCGGAAGGUGCACCAGGUUGUUGAUCCAAGAAGUCAUGGAUAGACAACCAAUGCAUUCCUGUGAUGCACACACAAUGUAGUUUAUGUACCUUCUCAGGGUUCAUACCUUUGUGUUUAGGUCCAAAAGUAGGCAUCUUGACAAUGAAAAUUGUAGGAUUGUGUUGUGUAUUAUUCACUUGUCAAACUUCAUAAUCACCAUUGCCUUGUUAGAGAUUUAUGUUUGAGGUAGUGAAAAGUUCAUUUGUCUA